UCCCUCCCCUUUUCCUAACAGCAGGAACGGGUUUCAUAUACACCUCCGGAGAGUCCAGUGGCGAGCUACGGUUCCUCAACUCCACUUCAUGUUCCUGUGCCUCACGCGCUCAGGAUGGAGGAAGACUCGAUUCACCUGCCAGCGCACCUGCGCUUGCAGCCGAUUUACUGGAGCAGAGAUGACGUAGCCCAGUGGCUCAAGUGGGCAGAGAAUGAGUUUUCCUUAAGGCCCAUUGAGAGUAACAGUUUUGAGAUGAACGGCAAGGCGCUCCUGCUACUGACCAAAGAGGAUUUCCGCUACCGAUCUCCUCAUUCAGGCGAUGUGCUGUAUGAACUCCUUCAGCAUAUUCUGAAGCAGAGGAAACCUCGAAUUCUCUUCUCGCCUUUCUUCCACCCUGGGAACUCUAUCCACACGAAACCAGAGGUCUUGCUGCAUCAGAACCACGAAGAAGAUAACUGUGUCCAGAGGACGUCCAGGCCACCUGCAGAGAGUGUGCACCACAACCCUCCCACCAUUGAACUCUUACACCGCCCCAGGUCACCCAUCACCACAAACCACAGGCCUUCUCCUGACCCCGAGCAGCGGCCCCUGCGGUCCCCUCUGGACAACAUGAUCCGCCGUCUCUCUCCUGCGGAGAGGGCCCAGGGGCCAAGGCUCCAGCAGGAAAACAACCACCAGGAAUCCUACCCCCUGUCAGUGUCUCCUAUGGAGAAUAAUCACUGCCCACCAUCCUCGGAGUCCAACCCGAAGCCCUCCAGCCCCUGGCAGGAGAGCACACGAGUGAUCCAGCUGAUGCCCAGCCCCAUCAUGCACCCUUUGAUCCUGAACCCCCGGCACUCGGUGGAUUUCAAACAGUCCCGGCUCUCCGAAGACGGGAUGCACAGGGAAGGGAAGCCCAUCAACCUGUCUCAUCGGGAGGACCUGGCUUACAUGAACCACAUCAUGGUGUCCGUGUCCCCGCCUGAAGAGCACGCCAUGCCCAUUGGGAGAAUAGCAGACUGUAGACUGCUUUGGGAUUAUGUCUAUCAGUUGCUCUCCGACAGCCGGUACGAAAACUUCAUCCGAUGGGAAGACAAGGAAUCCAAAAUAUUCCGGAUAGUGGAUCCCAAUGGACUGGCUCGCCUGUGGGGAAACCAUAAGAACAGAACAAACAUGACCUAUGAGAAAAUGUCCAGAGCGCUGCGCCACUACUACAAACUAAACAUUAUCAGGAAGGAGCCCGGACAAAGGCUUUUGUUCAGGUUCAUGAAAACCCCAGAUGAAAUCAUGAGCGGCCGGACAGACCGUCUAGAGCACCUCGAGUCUCAGGAGCUAGAUGAACAAUCGUACCAAGAGGACGAAUGCUAAGGGGACCCACCACGGCCUCACCGGCUGGCCAAAAUGAACCCUGCGCACAGGGACCAUUAGAGGUGUGAUGGAGCUGGGUGUGGCUAAGAAGGAAGAGGCCCAGGAAUGGCAGGAACACUUCUCUCGCAGACCGAGAGGGACCCAGAGCACCUUAGACAAACCACCCAGCAAUGGCGGGGCUGGAAUUCUGGCAGAGGGCACAAGCCUGAGACUCACAUGUCACACUUGCUUCUCCUUUGGACCUCUUGUCUGUAACGCCUCACCCCACCCCGCACCUGCUGUUAGUCCCAUGGUGUUUCUGGUUUUGUUUUUGGGGGUUUUGUUUUUUGUUUUUAAGAACAUGCAGUUUGACUAUUCAUCGUUCAUACAGGGGAAGACAUCACAUGUUGUUUUCCUAUGGAAAUAUAUCUAUUAUAUAUCUAUUUUUUUUAUUUUUAUUUUUGCAAAUCUCCCGAAGUACAGCCAGCUCAGCUGGUCAGGAAAGAGACUUGCAGAAGGGAUCAGGCCCCUCUUUUUCCUGCCACACAGAUCAGGUUUGUCCUGUUGCAGUCGGGUCUUGGAUGAGAAGAAAAAAGAAAAGAUACUUGCAAAACAUGAAAGAGGUCUCCGUCUCCGUCUCCCUCUCGCCCCCCUUCUCUCACUCAUUCUACCCCUCCUUCUGCCUCCUCUGCCUGCUGUUCAAUGUCACAUGCCUUUUAGCAGACCUGGCCUCACUAGCACCUAAAGUAAACAUUGGCCCAGCUGUUCUGGGCCAUCAGCACACAGCCAGUCGCCUUGGGCAUCUGAGGGAGGCCAAACACCUCAUAAAUGCUGCUGUAUUCCAGAAAGAUCAGUGGGAGGUCUGGUCAUAAGAUAGGCCAGAGGCUGGACAAAUGAUGUGGAGGGCCCUGGCAUUUUGGGAUUAUCCUGGAAAUGCUGCAAAGUGGGAAAAUACGAGAAGCUCACACAGGCCUAGUGCUCCAGGAACUAGGCAGAGCUUCUCUGCUGUGAGGAACAAGUUGUGAAGGCUGGUGAGAAAGCAGAGUGGUCAGUUUCAUUGCCACCACCCCCACUCCAAGCCCCAGCCUUUUUUUGUUUUUCCUUGCUGGUCCUUACUGAACAUAGACCACACAUAAGGGAGGACUCUGGAGUGCAGACUUAGCACAGCCGGUCUUUGCUCAACCGGCACAAGACAGGAAAUCCCUCAGAUUCAUUCAUUUCUCCUCCUGUCAUUGCUGUAUUUCAAGAAGAUGUAUUUGUGGCUUUUUUUUUUCACCUUGGCAUAAAGUCCGUAGUAUCUUCCAAGAUGAGGGUAAUACUAUGCCUUAGGACUUUUGAUAGCAGAGAUUUUUAGACAGCUGUUUUAGUGGGGGUUUGGGGUUUUGUUGUUUUGUUUUGUUGGUGUUUCAAGACAUGGUUUCUCUGUAGCUACUGAAAUUUGCUUUAUAGACCAGCUGGCUUCGAACUCAAAGAUCUGUCUGCCUCUGCCUCCCAAGUUCUGGGAUUAAAGAUGUGCACCACCAUGCCCAGCUUUCUCCCCCACUCCUUUUUAGCCAUCUAAAGAUACUCUUUAAACUAUAGUGUUUUUAAACGCAGAUGGUGAGGCCUGCCUUAUAAACCACCCCUUGUCUUUCCUUUGUCUCUUCCACACCAUUAAGUGAGCGUCUCCCAGCCCUCCUGGGGAUAUGUGUGCCCAACCAGAAGCAGUACACAGGUGAAGCUGCCAGAGCAGAGCCACCCUCCAACCAACUGUUCCUGUGCGGGGCACAUAGAGGCUAGGAAUAGACAGGCAUUUCUCUUUGGGCCUUACUUACUCACCAGACAUCAGCUCACAGAUGUGUAGAUGGACCGUAGUUCACAGACACUGGAAUUGAGCUGACCGGGCUGCUUUAGUCUUGCAGUGACUCCCGAGUGCCUCCCCCAUCUGCCUUCAAAGAGGUCAGUGACCUUCUGGGUGAGAGGUUUGGACUUAGUGUUCAUGGGUGGUGAUGGGACUCACAUGCCGUGUUUCUUGAAGCAGGGUAUACUUUUUUCCCUUGACCUCUAAAAUGACUGGUACCUAUCUCAAGUGGGGAGAUUAAGCCAAAUUCUUAUGUUCUAUGAGUCCCUGGGUUGAGCUAGAGAGAGAGGGUGGCAGGUUUUGGUUUUGGUUUUGACAGAGGUCCUGUGUAUGACUGAAAUGAGAGACACCUCGUUCUGGCCGCUUUGCUCACGUGUAAAACCCAGUCUCUAUCUGCCCAAAGAAUCUUCCAGAUAAACUGUGGAAGGAAAUUCCUUUGUUCCCUGAGGAGUAUGUAAGGCUCAGGACGACAGCUUCCGACACUGACAUUAGAUAUGCCCAUGACGGUGCCACCUUUAUUUCCUGCCUGGUAUUCACAGUGAUGAUUUUACUUUGGUUCUCUUAACUGCAAAAGUCCUCAUUUGUUUUUGGAGAGAAGGCCUGGCCAGUGUUGUCACCAGGAUUGCAGUACUCAGGGUACAGAUUCAGUCACUCACACCUUGGAGAGAACGCCACUACAGGGGCUCUUUGGUUUUGGGGGGUUUUGUUUGUUUGUUUGGUUGGUUUUUUCCAUCCACCGUGAUUUCUAUCUCAACAGUAAGUUCAAGAGGUGAUGGAACUAAACUAAAAGCUCAUGUGUCAGAUGAGUAGGUGGCCUUUUCUGUGGCUCUCCUGGGUUGGGUCAGGGAAGGAAUUUGCAAGACAGCAUUGCUGUGAGAAGGGUGGGCAUUGUCACUUAGGUCCUGGAAUUCUCUGUCCUGUGUCCUUGGCCAGGCUGUCUUCAGGUCUCCAUCAGAAAAAAACAGUGCUAGCUGGUGAGAUAUUGACAGUAACUUCUCUCAGAUCCUCUUGAGCCAAAGCAACUUGGUGACCACCAAACAUAGUGUCACUCAUGUUCCAUAUCUCCCCCCACUUUUUUUUUUGAAAAGAGUCUUCAUAAGAAAAGAACAGGACAGUGUACAGGCUGAUGGGGUUUUCCCCCUUUCCCUAGCACAUUCAAAACCCUCUGGUCCAGCAUCUUUUCACACUAAUACCUUGUCCAGAUAAGAAUGUCACUUCAGCUGACAUCUAGAUGGCUAGGAGAGGACUGAGUGGCCACUAUGUCUCCAGGAUCCAACCAUAAAUGCAUUUUGGCACAUCCACUGUUGUUGGCAGAAGGGAACCUGAGAGAGGUCAUGUCACUUACCCUGGGAGCAGACAGCGUGACAUGAACAGAAUCAGGAUCGGGCUCCAACCUAAGUGCUUAGAAUCCAGUUAGAAAGUAAUACAGGUUUAAACCCCCACUGGAUCCAUCCCCAGCAAAGAAACUAAAGAUGCAAAGGGUGGCUUUCACUGCCCAGUCACUCGGUGCUAGCUGGAGCUCAGCCUGCUCCUCUUCUGACCAGAAACCUAAAUUGAGUGACUCAGGAAGGCCAGUAGGGCAGGAACACAGAGGAACAGCCAGGAGUCCUGCCCAUCAACAAGGCACAGGGAACUAACCCAGUACUCUUUUGGCCCCAUCUGCAUCAACACUAAACAGCUGCAAACUCCCUGCCUCUCCCCCUCGCAAGUGAACACUCUCCUGAAGAUUGCCCUUUGCAACUGCACCCACCUGCAAGCCAGAUGAAUCUAGAAUGAAUUUUUGUUGUUGUUUAGUUUCUAAUCUCUUGUUUAUGAGGUGUGGGGUUUAUAAGGGACUGAAUCAAAUGAAUGUAACAAAAAAGAAAAAAAAAAACAAAAAAAAAAUGCCUUUUCUCAGGGCCAGUGAGUUGCAAAUAAUUUUUAAAGAAAAACCUAUAAUUACAU